UUAAAUAUAUAUACAAACCUUUCCACAUAUUUUACCCUUUUUCCCAUCGUUAGACCCAAAAAUAUGCUAUGAAAUCCAUAGCACAAGAUCAAUAAACCAAUCCAUUCAACUAGAACAGAAUAAAUGGCACCCAAAUCGCGAGAUCUUAUGAAAUACAGGCUGAAUCGACAGCAGACGUUUGUGGAAACCGUCAAGGUUGCUGGAGGUGGCGAGUCGCGAUGGCUGGAUCUCAUUGGAGAGAGCUCUAUAGAAUCACUUGUAGACUUGGGUUUCUACUAUGCUCCUACAAAAGUCAACAAGAAUAGAGUUAUAUGUUUCCUAUGCAACAAAUCGGAGCUGGUUUUUGACGAAGUUGAAAUCGACUCAAUAGCUGUACAACAUUAUAGAAAAAGUAAAGCAUGCGUUCGAGCCCUUAUUGCACUAUCUAAUCAAAUGAGAAGCCAAUUCGACUCCAAAGAAGCGAUUUUAAGCUAUUGGCAGAAUCAUGAACAAAAGGUUCUUUCAUCUCCUUUGGCACGACCUGCUCAGAGGUUUCGUGAACGAACGUAUGGAGAUGCGUUUGUUCUAGAUCUGAAGGAGGGCUAUAAACCUAACAGUACCACGUUGGCAGCAGCAGGUUUUUUCUAUGCUCCGCUAGAUUUCCAAGACGACAAAGUCUCUUGCGUAUAUUGUGGAUGCUCGCUCGAUCAUUGGGAACAAGAUGAUGACCCUGUAGAAGAACACAAGCAGAAUAGUAGAGGGUUUUGCUAUUUUUUGGACCAACUAGGAUUUGACCAAAGAGAAGAAAAUCAGCAAGAAGUCAGUGGGGUAGACAGUCCGAAAAUAGAUAAGUUUCUUGGUUUAUUCUCUGACACUGAUGAAAGUGAUAAGGAGAAUGUUCAGAAUAUUAAACAAGGUAAGAAUGAACCAACGAAUGUUGUUCUAUCUCAAGGCGAAGAUUCAAUUCAAGAAGCAAAGCCAGAACUGGAAAAAAAAGUAAACCUUUUGAAAGCUCCAAAGCUUGCAAAAGAAGAAGAAAAGACAGCUAAAAAAUUUAUAUUAAUAGAUGAUGAAGCCGUCGAUAACGAUAACGAGGUGGAAGAAGUUAGCGACUUCGACGAUUCCGAUUAUGGAAAUAAUGCCGAAGAGCAAGAAAACAAUAGCGAUGAUGAAAUUGCAAUAGAGGUUGAAGAAAAAGAUGUCAAAGAUUACACCAAUUCUGAAGCUGAUGUUUCUACUACAACUAGGCGAUCUAAAAGAAUCCGAAAGUUACGCGCUGAAAAGGAUCCCAAUAUAGAUUAUUGGGAUAAAGUUCCAGACGACGACUUGUAUGAUGAGUUCAUGGGUGCUGCUAGAAGGACAACCAAGUCAACACAGCCAAUUGCAAAAGAUAGAAGUGAAGACCCAUCAGAUGGAGAAGGGUCUAAUGAUAAUGUUAAUGAUAAUGAGAGCGAUGGUGAUAGUAGUAGUGACAACGAUAGUGAGACAGAAGAAGUUGCAGAAGAUUCACUUAAAGAUUUCUACGAUGACGAUAGCACAUCAGAAAUACUUGAUGAGUCCAACUAUAUUCCAGAAGGGUCAGAUAAUGACAAUGUGGAUGAAGUGAACAUUUCCUCGAACUCUGUUUCUGAAGUGGAUGAUUCUCUUAUCACCAAGAAAAAGACCCGAAAGCGUAAGACACCAGAAAGUAAAGGUGAAAGUAACGAAGAAUAUAAUGGUAGUGGUAAAAAACAAAAAUCACAAGAACCAAUUGAGGAAGUCAUUUCUUCUGCAAUGCCAAAGAAAUUGAAGUUUACAAAAAAAUCAGCCUCUGCAACUCCCCCUAGAUUUGAUGAAACCAAUGAAGACAUGGAUAUUUACCAAGAUGCAAAUGUUGAGAAUCUUGAGAUGAACGUGAAAGUAGUUUCUACAGAAAAAUUAUCACCCAUCAAAGAUUCUAAGCCAGAGUCUCAUAUUCUUCCACCUCGGCCUACAAUUCAUUCCCUUGAGUUUGCAGUUGACUCUGAGAAUUCACGCGAAAUAGGAAAGAGCAGAAUCACUAAUACGAAGCCUUUCAAAACUAAUAAAAAACAACGUCGCAAUAUUUUUGACAUGUCGUUUGAGAAUGAGUUUCCUAGUUUGCAGGAUUCCUUAUCCCCAGUUAGAAUUCCUGCUAAUUUUGGAAAGAGACUGCCGAUUACAUCAUUGCCAACAUUAACAAAAGAAGAUUUAGAGGUGCAGAAGAAUACUUCUAUUGUAGAUGCGAAACAAGAACUUUCCCCUUCGUUAUCAGAACAAGCAAAAAUUGAAGUCAAUGAUGCCAAGCAAGAAAUGGAGCCUGAAGAAAACGAAUCAAAACAUGAUAAUCGGAUUGAAGAUGACGAACUUGAUGAGAUUGAUAAAGAUCUGAUUUCUGGAAUAGAAGACGUCCAGAAAGAAGUUGUUGAAGUUGUAGCAAAAGAAAGAGUUAAUGAGGGUUAUGAUGAAAUAAGAGAACAGCUUCCACAGAACAAUAAUGAAGACAAAGACGAGGCGAUUUAUAGUUCAGGAGAGUCUGACGUUGACUAUGCCAACUAUAUUGAAGAUAUCCGUGGAAUAAAUGCAGAAAUUCUGAGGUCUAUGGAAGUAAUAGAGCAGGAGUUAGAACAGGGAGAGGCUCCUGGGGAGUCUGAAGUUGAUUCUGCGCAGAAAUCACUGACUGAAAAUGAAGUUGCUAGAACAGAAACAAACGAAAGCGAAACGAGUCUUGAAAUUGGCGAUCAAAUAGAUGCAGAAUCAACCAAAUUAGAUAUCGUCGGAUUAGAAAAGGAUCCAACUGUAAAUGGUGAGAUGGCUGGUACAGAAGUCAGCAAGGAAAUAGUAGAUUCUGUCAACGAAAGUUCAGAAGAGGUUGUGACAGCGAUUGAAUUUCAGGAAGAUCAACAGGAAGAAUUGUCACAAGAUACUGCCGAAGAACAAUCAUCAGCUAUAGAACAAGACAAUGCAGAUGAAAUUGAUGUUGAGGUCGAUGAAGUGACAGAAAUAUCAUUUCGUAAUACUGAAGUGGAACCCCAAAAACAGCAAAAUGAGCCGCCGGCAAGAUAUGCUGUUCCAGAGUCUCUGUUGGUAGAAGAAAUCAAAGAUAGUGUAAGGUCUUAUGACGAUUCUACCAAUAGAUUAACGAUUUCCAAAAUUAGAUCUUCGUUGCCUGUACAAGAGUCUACUAUGGAAACUGCUUCUAAAGAACAAAACGAGUCUGAAACGAAGCAAUCUAUUGUUGAGGAUAGUAAGACUAAUGGUGUUGAUAUUGGUCUAUCUUCUCCACAAGUUUCUCCGAUUGCUCACAAUACAAGUAGCCGCAGAGCCAGUUCGCUAUCUAAUGCUAACUCUGAGCUUUUCUCUGGCAAUACACCUUCAGCUUCUAUUAGUAGGCUUGGAAGAGCUGAUGCUAUGAUUGAGUCAAGUACGCCGCAGAAUUCGAACAGUAUCCGAUCUUUAACUGUCAAAGAAAAAAUUUCUCAGGUCACAGAUCUACCAAAAAAAUGGGUGCAAAAACCACUAGUUCAAUUUCUGGAGGAACUUGCUAACUUGGAAGAGACAGCAGUUCAUUUGCGCAAUUUAGCUGCACUGGGAUAUGAUCUCCGUGAUGAUCCGGGUGAUCUUACCAGUCUCUUAGCAGAUAUGCCUGAAGAAGAAGAAAACAUGACAAUCAAAGAAUGGGUAGAGAAUUGUGCUACAAACUGCCGCAACUUGAUUGAAGACCAAUGCGACCAGAUGACAGCGUUUGUAGUCAACGAGUAUAAACGGGCGAUCCUGGUAAUAGAGGCGCUUCCUACAAUAGACUAGAAAUAGCACUGUCUGUAUAUAUAGAAGUCAGAAUUAGAGUAAAGCUACAAUAGCUCAAAGUACAUAAAUUACAAAUUGAACUU